AUGGCAAGCCCAACAUUCAACACUUCAAUCCAGGAGCCACCAGGCCACAAUGCAAAGCUGGUUCUCCCCACCGAAGACCCCAACACCAACCCCACAGUCUUCAACGAUGCAAUGAAAGUCCGCAUGCACGUCUUCGUCGACGAACAAAAGUGCUCCGCCGAAGCCGAGAUCGACAGUGACGAUACCCGCAGCUGGCACUGGGUACUAUACGCAACCUCCACCGGGAGCACGCGCACACCGGCGGGAGUGAUCCGGCUCGUACCUCCACCGCAAGCGCCACACUUGGUGGCAAGUAAAUCAGAAUCUAAAUCCGGCAAACAAGAACAGCACGAGGCGUGCAUCAAAUUGACGCGCGUGGCGAUUAUGCCGGAGUACCGCGGGCUCGGACUUGGGCGAAAAUUAGUGGAGACGGCGCUGGAGUGGGCGGCUGUGCAUGGCCGGUGGCGGGGGCUGAUUCUUGUGCAUGCACAGGUUGAUGUGGAGCAGAUGUAUGCGCGGCUUGGAUUUGAGACGGACGAGUCUUUAGGGAGGUGGGAUGAGGAGGGGAUUGAGCAUGUGGGGAUGUACAAACGGGUGGUUGUGCAUUAA